AUGACUUGUAAUUCAAAUAGCAAAUAUUAUCGCGUAAAAGCUUUUAUAUUCGACUUGGAUGGAACAUUGAUUGAUACUAUUCCUUUGGUAGAACGUUUCUGGCAUCAAUUUGCUGUUGAGAAUGGUUUAGAUGGCAAUAAAAUUCUUGCUACUUCACAUGGUGUUCGCACAAUUGAGACAAUGACUAAAUGGACUCCUCAUAAAGCCACACUAGAACAUGCAUUAGAUUUUGAAAGAAAAUUAGCCGAAGAAUCAGAAGGCGUGACUAUAAUGCCAGGUGUUUCAACCUUAUUACAAAAGAUUCCUCUUAACAGAUGGGGUAUCUGUACAGGUGGUAAUGAAUAUAUGGCAAGAAAAAGACUAGAACAAUGUAAUAUUGAAGCCCCUGAGGCUAUGGUGUGUGGAGAUAUGGUUACUCAGGGUAAACCUCAUCCUGAAAGUUAUCUUCGUAUUAUUGAAAAGCUUGGAUUUAAACCAGAGGAAGUUGUAGUCUUUGAAGAUGCGCCUUCAGGUGUACAAUCUGCCAAAGCUGCAGGUGCAGUUGUGAUUGCUUGUAAAACAACUCAUUCAGUUGAACAAUUAAAGGAAGCUGGUGCAAACUGUGUUGUUGAUUUAUUAACAGAUGUUGAUUUCACAAACCUUCCCGAUGGAUCUUUUGAAGUAGAAGUCAAAAAUACACUCUAG